UCCUCGCUGGGGGUGAAAGCCUUUUAUUAAGCCUCGGUGCAAGCCUGCAGUUGCUGGGGCGGGUAGACCCAGCCUGCACUGAGCCCACGCGCAGCCGCAGUGGGAGGAGGGGCUGUCCGGCAGGGAGAACCGUUUGGCCUCAACUGCCUUCCACACGGUUCACUUCCUCCACCCGAGUGAGUCGCCAUGGCCUGGGCUCCGGGCAUCCUGCGAGCCAGCAAAAGAGUGGGUGCCGCCAGAGUGGAUUUCAGGGGCCAGGGCAUAGCUCUGUGGCCCAGUCGGGUGCUGGGUGUGCCCUUCAGCCGCGCCUGGUGGAACGUCACUCCCGCGUCCACCAUGUCGACCUUGAAGGGUAAACUUAUCCAGCACAUCAGCUCCGAAGAGCCCGUUCUCCACAACAAGGUCUCCAUUAUAGGAACUGGAUCCGUCGGAAUGGCCUGUGCCAUCAGCAUUAUAGCAAAGGGCCUGGCUGAUGAGCUUGCCCUUGUUGACAGUAAUGAAGACAAAAUGAAGGGCGAGACGAUGGAUCUCCAGCACGGCAGUGUCUUCAUGAGAAUGCCAAAGAUUGUUUGCAGCAGAGAUUUCCAUGCCACUGCCAACUCUAAUGUAGUUGUUGUCACGGCAGGUGCACGCCAGGAGAAAGGUGAAACGCGCCUGAAUUUAGUCCAGCGAAACGUGUCCAUCUUUAAGGUGAUGAUUGCCGAUAUUGUCAAGCAUAGCCCCCACUGCAAAGUGAUUAUUGUUUCCAAUCCAGUGGAUAUCUUAACUUACGUAACCUGGAAAUUGAGCGGGUUUCCCAAAAACCGUAUUAUUGGAAGUGGCUGUAACCUUGACACCGCUCGCUUCCGUUUCAUGCUUGGGGAGAGGCUUGGCAUCCACUCUGAAAGCUGCCACGGGUGGGUCCUUGGAGAGCAUGGAGACUCAAGUGUCCCUGUGUGGAGUGGAGUGAACAUCGCCGGGGUACCUCUGAAAGAGCUGAAUUCAGCCAUAGGAACUAGCAAAGACCCCGAGCAGUGGGGAAAUGUCCACAAAGAUGUGAUUGCCAGUGCCUAUAACAUUAUCAAAAUGAAAGGCUAUACUUCCUGGGCCAUUGGCCUGUCUGUAGCGGAUAUUGCAGAAAGCAUUCUGAGGAACCUCAGGAAAACCCAUCCAGUUUCCACCAAUAUUAAAGGUCUAUAUGGAAUCAAAGAAGAGGUGUUUCUCAGUGUGCCUUGUAUCAUGGGAGAAAACGGCAUCUCAGAUAUUAUAAAGAUAAAGUUGAGCUCUGCAGAGGAAGCCCAGAUGGUGAAGAGUGCAGAUACACUGUGGAAAAUUCAGAAAGAUAUCAAGUUUUAAGCCAUCCUUCUAAAGAUACCAAAGGCAAAGAUGCAGUAUGUGCUGAUGUGGGGUGAACUGGGGGUUCUGAAAGUUGGGGGUCUCCUGUUGGGAGGCAUCCAGCUGCUGGGUGACUUUACCUUUUCCGUUUCCGAGUGACUGCAUUAAAGGGAUUUUUGG